AUGGCCAACUUUGAAACACCAUUAGUAGUCGAUAAUGGUACCGGUUUCGUCAAAUGUGGCUUUGCAGGAUCAAAUUUUCCUGCCCAUUCUUUUCCAUCCUUGGUUGGUAGACCGAUCUUACGUACCGAAGAAAGAUCAAGUACCUUGGGAGGAUCUCAACCGGUCACACUAAAUGAAGUUAUGAUAGGAGAUCAAGCAUCAGAACAUCGAAAUUAUUUACAAAUCACACAGCCUAUGGAACAUGGUAUCGUUAAGAAUUGGGAUGAUAUGAUGUUACUUUGGGAUUAUACUUUUCAAGAAAAACUUAAAGUUAAUACUCAAGAUCGUAAAGUUCUUUUGACCGAACCUCCUAUGAAUCCAACUAAAAAUCGUGAAAGGAUGUGUGAAGUGAUGUUUGAGAAUUAUCAAUUUGGUGGAGUUUAUGUGGCAAUUCAAGCGGUUCUUACACUUUAUGCUCAAGGCCUACAGACAGGUGUGGUCGUGGAUUCGGGUGAUGGUGUUACUCACAUCGUUCCGGUCUAUGAUGGUUUCUCACUUCCUCAUCUUACCCGACGGUUGGAUGUGGCAGGCAGAGAUGUAACAAGAUAUCUUAUCAAAUUACUUUUGAUGAGAGGUUAUGCUUUCAAUCGUACUGCUGACUUUGAAACAGUACGUCAAAUCAAAGAAAAAUUGUGCUACGUCUCAUAUGAUCUUGAUCUUGAUAAUAAAUUAUCGGAAGAAACAACUGUCCUGGUUGAAAAUUACACAUUACCGGACGGUAGGGUAAUCAAAGUAGGUCAAGAACGUUUCGGAGCUCCAGAAUGCAUGUUCCAACCUCAUCUUGUCGACGUCGAAUCUGCUGGUGUAGCCGAGCUCUUGUUUAACACGAUACAAACCGCAGCGCUCGAUAUCCGUCCCGAACUCUACAAACACAUUGUCCUCUCGGGUGGAUCUAGCAUGUACCCAGGUUUACCUAGUCGACUUGAGAAAGAGAUGAAACAACUUUAUCUUACUCGAGUUCUAGGAGGUGAUACUGACCGACUAAGCAAAUUCAAAAUCCGUAUUGAAGAUCCUCCACGUCGUAAACAUAUGGUUUUCUUAGGUGGAGCAGUCUUAGCCGAUAUCAUGAAAGAUCGUGAAUCGUUUUGGGUGACACGUCAAGAAUGGGAAGAACAGGGUACACGAGCUUUGGAUAAACUUGGAAGAAGCUCUGGUUGAUUAGAAUUGUAUAUGAUCAUAGAUAGUUAUGAUGUGGAACGAAUCUUUUUUGUGUAAAUCAAUUUGUUUUGAUGAGUUUGAAGUAGUGUGCGUGUGUGUGUGGAUUCAUGAUGAAAUGAUUUAUUUUCCUGGUU